AUAACAUGCUGGUGGAGACGGGCGAGUUGGAAAACACCUACAUCAUCUACACGUCAGAUCACGGCUACCACAUCGGCCAGUUCGGCCUCGUUAAAGGUAAAUCUAUGCCGUACGAGUUUGACAUCAGAGUCCCGUUCUACAUCAGAGGACCUAACGUGGAGCAGGGCAGCAUUAACCCUCACAUGGUCCUAAACAUCGAUCUGGCUCCGACCAUCCUGGACAUCGCUGGCGUCGACACGCCUCCAGAUAUGGACGGAAAGUCGAUAAUGAGUCUGCUGGACACAGACAAACCUGCCAACAGGUUUCAAGUGAACAAGAAGCCGAAGGUGUGGAGAGACUCGUUCCUGGUGGAGAGAGGGAAGCUGCUCCACCAGGUCGUCGAAGGUAAGGAAGUAUCGCAGGAGGAGAACUUCCUGCCCAAACGCCAACGAGUGAAAGACCUCUGUCAGAGAGCCGAGUACCAGACACCCUGCCAGCAGACGGGACAGAAGUGGCAGUGUGUGGAGGACGCCACGGGGAAGCUGCGGCUCUUCAAAUGUAAGAAUGAAGGAGGGGCCACAAGCUUCCAGAGGGGUGUGAUUGGCCGUCAGCGUCCAAUCAGCAUCAAGUCUCAACUGUACCUUCCAAAUUCUGGUGCCUGCGACUGCGAUUUCCGUGACCUGCGACCUCUGAACCUUCGACCCUCCAUGAUGAAGCCGUUCAACAAGAAGCCUUUCUUCUCCAAAAAGAAGUUCAAAGCCCUGAAGAAUUACUCCAGGAACCGUUACAGCCGCUCUCUCUCCAUGACGAACAAUUACCCUGGAAACCAGAGCCUGGCAGGCUGGGAUCAGCCAAUGAGAGACGAGUCUGAGGACGAGUUUAGUGGGAUGGGAGGAGAUCCCAACGCCGUGGUCACACCCAACUCUGUUAAAGUCACUCACCGAUGUUCCAUCCUGUCUAAUGCAACAGUGAAGUGUGACACGGGAGUGUAUCAGUCCCUGCAGGCCUGGAAGGACCACAAGCUGCAUAUCGACCACGAGAUUGAGACUCUGCAGACGAAGAUAAAGAACCUGAGAGAGGUCAGAGGUCACCUGAAGAAGGCCCGCCCCCAGGAGUGUGACUGCAGUAAAUAUCUGUACAAAUCCAAACUGAAGAACAAACUGAGGUACAGAGGAGGGAGUCUGCAUCCGUUCAGGAAGGCCGGGGCUCGGGACAAGAAGGCGUGGCUUCUAAAGGAGCAGAAGAGGAGGAAGAAGAUGAGGAAGAUGAUCAAGAGAAUCAGAAACAAUGACACGUGUUCAAUGCCAGGACUCACCUGCUUCACUCAUGACAACCAGCACUGGCACACGGCGCCGUUCUGGACGUUGGGUUCAUUCUGCGCCUGCACCAGUGCCAACAACAACACGUACUGGUGUCUGAGGACCAUCAACGAGUCCCACAACUUCCUGUUCUGUGAGUUUGCGACUGGCUUCCUGGAGUACUUUGACCUCAACACAGACCCGUACCAGCUGAUAAAUGCUGUCAGCUCUUUAGAUCGGACGGUUCUCAAUCAGCUCCACGUGCAGCUGAUGGAGCUCAGAGGGUGCAAGGGACACAAACAGUGUAAUCCUCGCACGCGCUCAGUGGAACCAGCAGGAGGGCGGGCACAUGGCAGCUUUCAUGACUACAGGCUGUUUGAGAGGAGGAAGUGGCAGAGAGUCAAGAAACCUUCAUCGUCUCGAACCCUGUGAGUCUUCCUCCUCAUUUUCCUCUUCAUCUGACCUGCAUGCCGCUUACUGCCUUUAACUGUGUGUCUGUAACAUACAGUAGAGAUGUGAAUAAAAAUAAAUAAAUACAGUAAAAGCCUUAGUUGAUUUAAACAAGCUGGUCUCCUCGUGCACCUCUGGACGGUUCUCAGCUCAGCUGAAGUCUCGGCCUGUCCACCUGCACUUGAAGUACACAGUGAGGCAAAUGUGGCGAGUAGAAGCACGUGACCGCUGUCCUGGUGUGGAGAAACGUGGGCACGCACCACAGUUUGGCUCAUUUCAUCUGAAUGUUGUUCCUCAGACACUGGAGGACAUUCCCAGCUCCACUUUGACAGGCUCAAAUAUCACACUGAGCUAUAACCUCACACUGGAGUGAGCUUCAACCAGAGCCCAGCUCUCGCUAACAACAAUGAUCUUUCACAAUAAAUUUAAGCCAGUUUGAAACAAAAGUUCAUGUUUGCACUUAGUGUCACUGCAGGACUUCAGCCUUGCUGAAAGAGGUCUGCAAGUGGCUGACAGGAUGACUUCGAAGGGUCGAAGGUCAUAUGUCUCCUUCAGGUCUCAAAAUAACUUCCAGCUGUUAUACUAAAAACAGACCUGAGAGUGAUGGAUCAACCUUUACUGAUGCUAAUAGCUUUUUCUAUCCAAAGGAAGUGUAAAUAUGACCUGAAUUUCAAAAUAAAACACUGCCGGUGGAAAUGCUAACUGAUGUCUGUUUGCGUCCACAUGAGUACUGAGGAGUGUAAUUGUUACCAGCAGCAGGAAAUAACUCAUAUGAUGUGUUAGAUGUUCUGGUUUUAUCAAAAGUGAAAGCCUGAAGGUGCAGAAACCUAAAAGUAGAGAGUGUAAUUCAUUUACUGACUCGUGCUGUUUGGCAAACAACCUUAAUAAAGCGCGUUUGUGUCUGAGCCGCCUCCUGUGCUGCUGCCUGCAUG